CUGCAUGCAUGUCGAUUCCUAGCAGUGGCGGCACCGAGCGGUGUACUCCAGAACUUCUUCUCGACUUGGCUAAGAAUGCCACAGCCAACGCCACGUCAUGUGGCUCCACCGAUUCUAUUGUCCUAGAACCGACUGCGUUGUCGUGGCCGGGAUUGUGGGCCGAAUGCAACACCACAACAUCUGCGACGUCAGUAUCGUGCCGGGUAGCAUGGUGUACAGGACUUAAUGAUUUCAUUCAACUACUACCGCCCAAUGUGUCAAACUGCAUGCUCGCCAACGGUGCCACAUUGCGCGACUACCGCUCGUCCUUGCUGUCGCUCGUGGAAGCGUCACCGUCGCCUUCGUCCAUAUCCCCCGACAUUACCAAGCCUCGGAGCGAAGCUAUUAUAGGCACGACACGAUCUCCAUAUGCUCAACCCAAUCCCCCAGUCACAGGAGGACCAACCGCCAUUGUGGACAUUACGUCGCCGUCGUCCGGGUCAGCCUUCAGCAACAACAUGGGUCUUAUCGUUGGAGGCAUUGUGGUCGCCAUCUCACUGUGCGCACUAGCGAUCCUAGUGGUCCAUCGCCGACGCCGACACACGGCUGCGAAGCCACCUCCCCCGGUCGACUUUUCAGUCUACCACCCCGUUCAGGACGACAUGCAUCCUCGUUCCAACCCAAACCGUGCGAAGAAGCGCCGUCCCCCAGUCCAAACCACUCCCGACCAAGUCGAACUCGAUGCGACGAUGGCCAAGCUAGACGUUGUCCGCAUCGACCACCGCGAACUCAUCCGGGAUCGGCUCCUCGGGUCCGGGGCCUUUGGCGAAGUCUGGCUCGCGACAUACCGAGGGCGACUCGUAGCCGUCAAGUCGGCGCUCUUGGGGCGUCACCCGCAGAACCGCCUGAGCGACGUCCAGCACCUCGUCGACGAGAUCGGGCUCAUGUCGGUGUUCCGGUCCCCGUACGUCGUGGGGCUCGUGGGGGCGUCGUGGAAGCGAGUGGGGGACCUCACAUGUGUGAUGGAGUACAUGGAUCAAGGCGACCUCCGGGACAAGCUCGACGCGACCAGUUUCGACACGUUUACAUGGCCAGACAAGGCGCAGUGCAUGCUGAGCAUCGUCGAAGGCCUCGUAUACGUACACUCGUUCGACAUUAUCCAUCGGGAUCUCAAGUCGCGCAAUGUGCUGCUCGACUCGACGCAUGGCACAAAGCUGACAGACUUUGGCAUUGCAAGGGAGGACACCCAAGACACGAUGACCAUGGGCGUGGGCACAUACAGGUGGAUGGCCCCUGAGCUGCUGCAGGACAGUCACUACACCGUCGCGGCCGACAUGUAUUCGUUCGGGGUGCUGGUGUCGGAGCUGGACACGCACUGCAUUCCGUACUCGGACCAGACGAAUGCAAGAGGAAAGCCGCUGGCCGACACCACCAUCAUGGCGCAAGUGAUGCGGGGCACGCUUGCGCCGACGUUCUCGACCAAGUGUCCCGAGUGGGUGCGCGACCUUGGCCUGCGAUGCGUUGCCCACGACCCUGCUAACCGACCCACAGCCAUGCAAGUGUCGCUGCUGCUUCGACAACAGAUCAAGGCCUUGUCCUAUCCUAUUUAACACAUAUAUACAAACAUAAAAUAACUUGUAUUUUGGAG